AUGCUUUUUGGUGUCAAGGAACAUGGGUGCAAGGCUCUUGAGGUGGACAGUUCCAAGUCUCUGAUGAUCCUGGGUAUCCCGGAAAACUGUAACCAUGAGGAAUUCGAAGAGAUCAUACAGGCCUCCCUAAAACCUCUGGGUAAGUUCGAAGUGGCUGGGAAGGCCUUUGUGGAAAAAGAGAGAUCCAAGGCCGCCAUCAUUAGGCUGGCAGAGGACAUCAAUUAUGCCGUGAUGCCCAGGGAGAGCAAGGGCAAGGGCGGCACGUGGAGAGUGCGCUACAUGCCCCAGAAGCAGGAUAUUGAAUUCCUGACCAAGCUGAACCUCUUCCUGCAGAGCCAGGGCAGGAUGGCGGAAGAUGUGGCCCGGGUCCUAAGGCAGGAACUGUGCCCGACAGUGACGGGCCCCAGAGAGCUUCCUGCCAGAAACUGCUAUGAGCCCGGGCCAGGGGAGAAACCGGGGCCUGGGGCCACUGCUGCGGUGGACGGGGUGCCACCUCUGGACUCCACGAAGGAGAGCAAGGCGGGAGAUGGCAAGAAAGGCAAGCGGAAGCACAAGCAAAACCGUCGACGACACCAUGCAUCUGACAGGAAGCUGUGAGGUGACUUGGGGUGGGCAUGGGUGCGGCUGAAUGAGGGUGGGCGUCAGCUGAGUGGGCGUGGGUGGCGACUUGGAAAGGUGGGUGCCCUCUGAAUAAGUUCGGGGGAUGAGAGUGAAUGUGGAUAAUGCGAGUGAGGAUGAGUUACCCAGUCAAGGGAGUGGGUAACUUUUCAGUAAGAAUGGAUGACAUCUGACUAGUGUGAGCGAAGGUGGGUAUUUUUAUCUGAGUUAACUUGCGGGUGACAUCUGAGUGGGUGUGGUUAAGACUUAGUUGAGUGUGAGUCACUCAUCCAUUCAUUCAUUCAUUCUACAGAUGUGCAUUGCGCACCUAGUAUGUCCCAGGCACUGUUCUAGGAGCUGGGGAUACAGAAUGGGGCAAAUCCAUCUUAACUUUCUGUCUUCACGGCACUUAUAGUGAGUGGGUAGCUUUUGAGUUACUUGGGUACAUCUGAGUGCGAGUAGGUACCAUGUGAGCAGAGCGGAUAAUAUCUGGUUGAGUAUGGAUCAUUCAUUCAUUCAACAAAUAUUUCCUGGCACCUGCAGUGUACCAGACACUAUUCCAGGCACUGGGAAUACAGCGGGGAACAAAACGGACCCAAACCUUGCCCUCGCGGCACUCAUAUUAAAUAUCUGAGUAGGUGCGGGUAACAUCUCAGUUGUUUUUUGAAUACUUCAAUACAUAUGAGUGAGCGUGGGUACCAUUUGAUAUGUGGGUAGCAUCACGUCACUUGAGUAUAUAAGCUCAAGCGGGUAAUAUUUGAGUAGCUGUGCGCAACACUUAAGAGUGUGGGAGUGACACCUGAGUAUGCGUGUGGGUAUUAUUUGAGUGGGUGAGGGGAACUUCUGAAUGAGGAAGAGUUUCAAAGAUCCGCAUACAAAGUCUUAACAACCCGGAGGCGCCGCGGGACCAGCUGCGCAGUCGCAGUCGGAGCCGAGCAGCGAGUCAGCUUGUUGCCAUGGAGACCGCGGGCCGCUUGCGGCGACUGCGUAAACACGAGUUUGCGGGAAAUGGAAAAGGAGAAAUGGGGCUCGGAAUUUCAAGGUUUUGCAGAAGGUCUCUUACCAGAGUUGAGGAACAGCCAAGCAGGAAGAACAUGUCAGGGAGAUCUGUUCUGUGCUCGGGAGAGGCCACUAUCCCCUUCGCCAUGCCCGGCGGCCUGACGUUGAGGACAAACCCUCUUGCUGGUUGUGUAUUGCGGGGAUGAGGCCCAGACCCCUCCAGCUUUGGGCUCUGCUGGAAAUCCUGUCAUCGCAAAGUUUAGACCUGUUUUUGUCUUUUGUAAGGAUGUACCUCGAAUGUGCCUCUGGCAUAAACUUGUCCGGCGUGGGCUACUCUUUUGCACGAGGCAAGCAGAAACCAUGACUGAGAAAGUGAGCUGUCUCCUCGCCACGUCUGAGGACCUCACUGCUUUGUGUGUGACUCUGAAAAACAGCUGUCACUGUUCUCUACAUGCUGGGUCUCCCUUACAGGAAUGGUCAGACAUGGGACAUUUCUGCUCUGAUUGGUUGGUGCCUGGGGUGAGGGUAUGAGUCUCCCCAAAUUAAAUCUCAGAAGCUCUAACUUGUGCUCAACUCUCUAAAGAACAAAAGGCAAGACUUCCAGGGAAUGGUCAAAAGGAGGUAAUAAUUAAGAGGUCACCUUCAACAAUGAUCAAUUUACAACACUGACGUAUAGUCCCCGAGUCUAUAAGCUGAGUCCCCCAGAAUGGUGAGGAAAAACCACAACAAAAAAACAAUCAAGUAAAAUCCAAAUGUCUGUGGGUAGACAGAACACCUGCUCAGGAUGUCUGACCCGUGAGUUUGCAAACUUCCAUUAGUUCAGGGAUUUGCAAAGGUUUGAGCUGAACUUCUUAUUUAUUUAUUUAUCUUUAAAAAUUAUUUAUUUAUGGCUGCAUUGGGUCUUUGUUGCUGUGCAUGGGCUUUCUCUAGUUGCGGCGAGCGGGAGUUUCUCUUUGUUGCGGCGCACGGGCUUCUCCUUGCAGUGGCUUCUCGUUGCGGAGCCUGGGCUCCAGGUGCACGGGCCUCAGCAUUCGUGGCCCGCAGGCUAAGUAGUUGUGGCUCACGGGCUCUAGAGCGCAGGCUCAGUAGUUGUGGCACACGGGCUUAGCUGCUCCGCGGCACGUGGGAUCUUCCGGACCAGGGCUUGAACCCAUGUCCCCUGCAUUGGCAGGCAGAUUCUUAACCACUGUGCCACCAGGAAAGCCCUGAACUUCUUUUUUAAAAUGCAAUUUACACACAGAGAGACAGGCUCAGAUUCUUACCUACCAAACUGUAGUGGUGGAGACUCCCCAAUGUAUUACAAUGGUGGGCAUCAGUCAUGUCUGUGAAUUCCAGCAUCCAAACCCCUUUCUUAUUUCUGCAAGGCUACCCCAUUUUGCCCCGCUCGCAGAGCCAAAAGGUGGAAGUCCUUUCCCUGCACCCCACCUUGGCAGGCAGGAUGCAGGCAAGCCUCCCACCCUCAGGCAGUUAGAAACGCCCGUUAGGUCCUUACAUUCUCAGCAGGUGUCAAGACAGAGGAAUUUUUAGAGUUUACUUGCUUUGACAUGACCUAAGACCUUGAAGACUCUGAUUUCCGUCCAUUCCCCAAGCUGGCUUUCUACCAUCAGCCUUGACAGCAUUUGUAUUGUGCAAUGGUUGGGAUGAAGCUUUUCCUCCCAUCCCCACACAUGUAUGUGAACUUCUUGCAAAUGCAUCCAUGGUCUAGAAGUUUGUAGCUCUCUACUGAUCUUUGUAUUCCUUGCAAAUUUCCAACCUGGGCAUACUCACUGACAGAAUAUUGCACUAUUUUGUUUCUGUUUCCUGAGAAUCUGAGCUUAAAUAAAGGCUACACAAAACCUCAGGCACAUUCAUUUAUGGCAUAUGCUUUUCUCCCAUCAAGGCACAAUCGUUGUAUAGCAAAAAAGGACAUUGUGACAUUUCUUAUCAUCAUAUUUCAGUAUUAAGAUGGCAUUUAUGCUUCUUGAGGGUUUGGGGUGUUUCCCAUACAACAUUCACGUUUGUAUACACAACGUGAGUGGUUGUUCAAGGCUGCCCGUAAAACCCAAAUCUCCUACCACUUCUCUUUCAAGUUUUUCUGGACCAGUUGAAGAGUUUCCUGAGAUUAUAAUGCAAACUUGCAUAAAAUGGUUACCAUUUGAAGCUACUUAUCUGUGUGGGUCAAGACAUGGCUGGCACACAGAAAACUCCAAGUAAAUUGGAUGUGCUGGCUGAGGGAAGGCUGCAGGUGGCCUUUGUAAAUCCCCCUUUUCAAACGUAGGUUCAAUUAAAACUCUUCAUUGUUCUUUGUGGUUGAUGCUAUAUCAUACAAAUAUGAACUUAUAAAAUAAAUGGAU